UUUUGAAGGACUAUUGUCGAUAUCAUCAAGAAUCGGCGCCCACGAUGACAAUGUGAAGUCAACUUUGCUUUGUUAAAGUUGUUUUGGUGGUGCAUGUUAAAAUUAGUUGAAAGAAAACGAUUUUUGUUUGAUGAGAUUUAAAAAGUAAACAUGGUGACAACAGAAAACUGGUUUCAAAAUUGGCAUCCGCCAACUUCAUUGUUCACAGAACAGCAGCCUUUACAACCGCUUCACUUUAAAAAUGUCAGUCCUGAAUACGACUAUGGAUACCAAUUAACUCAAAAUUCUCCCAAUGCUGGCCCAAAUUCCUUUCUCACAUAUUUAGUUUCUCUAAGUAUGGUCAAACCGCCAAGUUCUGAUUACAUAGACAAUAGAGCAUCUAAACAUUUAACACAUGGAUAUGGUAAUAGAAACCAAGUACUUUCUUUAGAAUCUACUGGUCCAUUUAAAACAUGGUAUUACUGGAAUAUGCUGGAUUUUGCUUACCCCAGUGAAACUGAAAGAAAUAUUGCCAUACAGAAUGGGGAAUUUAUUCCAAAAAACAAUCUUCCAUUAGGCGUGGAAGUAUAUGGAAACCGUAUAUUUGUAUCUAUGCCAAAAUGGAAACCAGGUGUACCGGCAACUUUGGCAGUCAUACCAAGAGUUCCAAAAGAGCCGUCACCAAAGUUAAUACCUUAUCCAAACUGGGAAUGGCAUACCACAGGAGGUUGUGAAAGCAUCACUUCCGUUUUCAGACUUGACGCUGACACAUGUGGCCGACUCUGGGUUUUAGACAGCGGUCUUAUACACGUUACUGUAAAACCUGUGCAAGUUUGCUCUCCAAAAAUACUGGUUUUUGACCUAAAAACCGACGAGUUAAUAUUGAAAUAUGAGCUACCAGAUGAGUUUAUCAAGCAAGAUAGUUUGUACUCAAAUAUAAUUGUUGAUGUGCGAGAUGACUGUGAAGAUGUUUAUGCGUAUCUUGCCGAUGUUUGGAGAUACGGUAUUGUAGUUUUUAGCUUGAGUAAGAUGCGCUCAUGGAGGGUCACUGAUCAUUUAUUUUAUCCUGAACCCUUGGCGGCUGCGUAUAAGCUUCACCAUUUAGACUUUGAAUGGACCGACGGAAUAUUUGGAAUGUCUCUUAGUCCGUACAAUCCUAGACAGCCAGACAGAAUACUAUACUUCAAUCCAAUGUCCAGUUUUAGAGAAUUUUAUGUUCAGACGUCAGUAAUUCGUAACGAAACCGGUUGGUCCAAAAUAAAAGAUGCAUUCAAGGUGAUCGGUCAAAGCAGAGGAAAAUCUGGACAUAUGUCAGCUUCAAGGAUUUCUAAAAAUGGUAUAAUGUUUUACAACUUGGUAACAAGAGAUUCAGUGGGAUGUUGGGAUAUAAGAAAGCCGUACAAGAGAUCAAACCUGGGAGUCGUAGCUCAAGAUUCGGAAACAAUGGUAUUUCCCAACGAUCUUAAAAUUGACAAGGAACGAAGACAAAGCGUUUGGGUGAUAAGUAACAGGCUGCCAUUUUACCUUUAUGAAGGACUAGAUCCCAAUAAUAUUAAUUUUAGAAUUAUGUCAGCAUAUGUAGAUGAAGCCUCUAGAAAUACUAUUUGUGAUCCUAACUUUAGUUAUUACGAUACGUACAAUGAGUAUUUCAAUGACGAAGAUUGUUAUUAAUUAAUUUGUAUUAUAAUCUCACAAUAUUACUGAUUUGUAAAUAUAUUACAUAUUAAG